UUUUCUUAUUCUCCAAGCCUACUGGUCUCUUUUACAAGAUCCCGAGUCUCUCAUAUCAUCACUCAGCUCGCUCUCUUUCUCUCUCUCUCUCUCUCUCGGUGGUUUCAAAUCAUCAGCUUCGUAAAUCACUACUGAAAAAGAUUAAUCGGAGGGUUUUUUAAAAUUUUGGUGACAACCUGUUAUCUUUAGCAGCAAUGGCGUCUAAGGCAACAACGGAUGUUCCUAUGAAGGGUGGAUUUAGCUUUGAUUUGUGCAGAAGGAAUGAGAUGCUUGUGAAUAAAGGACUUCGGGGUCCUUCUUUCCUCAAGACUGGCACUACCAUCGUCGGCUUAAUUUUUCAGGAUGGUGUCAUUCUUGGAGCAGACACACGGGCGACUGAAGGGCCAAUUGUUGCUGAUAAGAACUGUGAGAAGAUUCAUUACAUGGCCCCUAACAUAUAUUGCUGUGGAGCAGGGACAGCUGCUGAUACUGAGGCAGUGACUGACAUGGUCAGUUCCCAACUGAAGCUUCAUAGGUAUCACACUGGUCGUGAAUCCAGGGUUGUGACAGCUCUUACUCUUUUGAAGACUCAUCUUUUCAGCUACCAGGGCUACGUCUCAGCUGCUUUGGUCCUUGGUGGGGUUGAUGUCACAGGACCACAUCUGCAUACUAUUUAUCCACAUGGAUCAACUGAUACUCUGCCAUAUGCUACAAUGGGCUCUGGUUCCCUUGCAGCGAUAGCAAUCUUUGAGUCAAAAUACCGGGAAGGGUUAAGUAAAGAUGAAGGGAUAAAGCUAGUAGCAGAGGCCAUAUUGUCUGGGGUGUUCAAUGAUCUUGGUAGUGGAAGCAACGUUGAUAUCUGUAUAAUAACAAAGGGGCACACGGAGUACUUGAGGAAUCAUAUGUUGCCUAAUCCUCGCACCUAUCCACAGAAGGGUUACUCAUUCCCUAAAAGGACUGAAGUUCUUCUUACAAAGAUUACACCAUUAAGAGAGGUGGUAGAGGUAAUUGAAGGUGGAGACGCUAUGGAAGAAUAGCUGUAUUGCAAUGAUGAGUUCCAUUGUCAUUUCUUUGAAGAAGUUAAACUAUUUCCAGUAGUUGGAACUAUUGUAAUUUUUCUAAAUGACCUAUUUAAUCUGUUUCAUCAGACGUAGCUUUCAAACAAAUUUGUUGCUAGAGAAUGAAAGAUUGGCGGGGUCUAAAUGAAGGAUUUUGUAGUUUUUGUUGCCC